ACCGGAAGUCGUUCUUUCACAUCCGUUGCGCAAGAAAAGUGUACUAUUCUCGAUUGAGCUAAGGCCAAAUCCGGCGACAUACACUGUUUUUUCUAGCAUCCACAACAAAUUUUUAUAAAGAAGGAAACUAUGGCUUCUACCGACGAGCUUGCUUGCGUUUACGCUGCCCUCAUCCUCGCUGAUGACCAAGUAACAGUCACGGCUGACAAGAUCCAGACCAUUUUGAAAUCUGCUGGUGUAUCAGUGGAGCCAUACUGGCCAGGUUUGUUUGCCCGUGCACUUGAAGGCGUAAACGUGAAGGAACUGAUAACAAACAUUGGAAGUGCUGCAGGAUCUGCCCCAGCAGCCGGUGGAGCAGCCCCAGCGGCUGGUGGUGCAGCUGAGGAAAAGAAAGAAGAGAAGAAGGAAGAAAAGAAAGAAGAGUCCGAGGAAUCUGAUGAUGACAUGGGAUUCGGUCUCUUCGACUAAAAGUUACAGAAUAUUGUUAUGAAUUGUAACAUGUAAGCAAGAAAAAAAUUGAAAAAGCCAUAUAAA